CCAUAUUUGAUGUUCGAAAAUCAUGCUUCGACCACAAGUUCAACUUUCAUUCGUGUUUUAAAACAUUUAUAAUUUUAUUUCGUGCAUUCUUUUAAAACAAUCCGCCAAUUCAGACACAGUACCAAUGGAAAAACCUCGCAUUGAGCAAGUUUUACAAGCUAUUGACGCGCUAUACAACAUUCAAAAUGCCGAAGGAAAAGAAGCUGCCUCAAAGUGGCUGGAAAAUUUGCAGACUUCGGUAGGAAAUUUGCCUGUAUUUUGUCGUUGUUUGUUGUUUUCUUCGUGUUUAGGUUGUAGAAUUGAAGAAUGUCUUGUGUGCUGGCAGAAUAGUUUGGUUUUACUGCGAUUAUUAAUGUGGCUAUCUGUGUUUAUAAACGGGAUUUAUUUGGUCAUGUGUGUGUGUGUCUGACAGACAGGCGUCUGACAUUUCUGUCUGUUUACACUGUAUAAAUUGUAACCAACUCUUAGCAAGGGGUAAAGUGAAUGUAAUUUUUGCCAGCAAUUUCUUGCCUGUUGUCCAGGUUGACAUAUUUCUUUGGCAUAUCUGAUACAGUAAAGCAUUAAUUUCUACAUCAACUUUAUAUAAACAGCAAUCUUUGUAUGAAAUACAACUACAUGAACAAAAUAAACAGAACUUGAAUUUUUCGAACCAAGAUCCUUUGUCGAGAAGUUAGUAGCUAAGCUUCCUAUAAAGAUUGCUGAUUGUUCUCAUCCUCAGUGGCGGAAAUCUUGGUGGGGCAGGGGGCGACCGCCCCCCCCCCCCUUCAUGGAAAAUUGAUGAAUUUUUGGAAAUUUUGACCUAAAAGAGGGCUGGAGGGGGGUAUGUCGGAAAUUUGGGGGGUAUGUCAGAAAUUUGAAAGUUUUGUCGGAAGUUUAGGAGGCUUGCCCUAAAAGUGAAUUUCCGCCACUGCUCGUCCUACCUAGUCCCUGGCACAGACAUUCAAGUACUUACAGAAGCCUUUUCCAGCAGUGUCUUGCUGUGGUUGUUUGUACCUGAAGACCUGUGAAAAUUAUAAAAACAUUAAACACAGAUGUUGUGAACAAAGGCCACUUAUGGGUCAUUCCAGAAAACCUCCACACCUUUCCCAUGGUGGAAUUGGAGGUUACCCACUCGGCACUCCCCACCCUCUUUGGAUGCCCUUGUAUAUUUACUAUUAUCAGAAGUGGCCAGUGGGUUCUCCUCUGGAAUGGCCCAAUGUCCUGAUGAAAAUGUUGAAGCAGUUGCAAUUUUUUUGAGGUAGUUCAGACACAAACAGGGAUGCCGGAACUGGAGGGGCAGCUGCCCCUGUUGUCCUUUACCAGGAGGGGCAAGGGGGGCAAAGGUGUCCUUUCAAUUUAAAGGAUUUCUUGGCGAAAUAGCGAAUUGUCAGAAAUGUUAGUGCAAUUCUUUUACGAAUUUGCUUCAGAAAACGCAAGAAAUGCAGUCAUCGAGCUUCAAGAAUAGCACAAUCACCUAGCGGAGAACCCCCUCAAACCCUUAUCAUCCGAUAAAUAGAAAACAUGAUUAGGCGAAGUUCAACUCCCGAUGUUUUGCAAAAAUCUCUUAGUAUAUAUCAAUUCAAAAGUGCCCUUUCACGAAAAUCUGCCCCCCUUGCCUUCGCAUCGUUCCGGCGUCCCUGGACACAAACCACAGCAGCUUAUUUUAGCUUGCUAUUUAUGGCGGACAUUUGUUUCCAAAUGUUGUUUUCAGGUAUUUGCAUGGGAGAUUGCAGAUCAGUUACUGACAACAAAACAAAGCACAACAAGUUGUUUUAUUGGAGCUCAGACAAUGAGAACAAAGGUGAGAAGGGCCAUUGCUGAGCAAUGUCAAUAAAAAUAUUUCCCAAAGAACAUAUUUUCUUACCUGUGAUGCAGACUCGCUCUUUCAACCUAAGCUGUUGUUUGUAAUUCGUCAUGUUUUCUGUAAAUUUUAUAUUUUUUCUCGUCUUUGAUUUAUGUUUGUUAUAGUUUGUUUUCAUUAAGGUUGGUCUUCACAUGGGGCUAUUCAUGUCCUGUUGACCAUACCUUCAACCAUAUUAUGUAGUGGUUUAAUCUAUUUUAUGUAUGGUUGUAAAGUUAAUAAAUAAAUAAAUAGACUCAUUAGCCAAUUAUAAAGUCUGCAUUACAGGCUACCUACCCUAUGUUUUUGGGUUAUGAAACCAGGACCACAGAAUAGGAUAGAUUCAUAGAUAUCUGUUAGGUGUUGUUAUAAGUUUAUGAUUUUUGUUGUAGAUUCAGUAUUUCUUUCACGAACUUCAACCAGUGCAAUACGAGGUAAAAAUUAGGAAAAUGUAAAUAACUAUGACGAUGCUUAAACAAAAGUCAUCCUGAAAACUAUUUUUUCUUAUCCAGAGUUUAAAGAACUCGCUACUCAAUCAUAUCACUCAACUACACAAUUCAACACAAGCUAUUCUCAACCAGGUGAGUUCAUGUAUCCAUGGAAAAUAUCCAUGACUUAUGAUACUUUUGAUGGCUGAUAAUGGGUGCACUUCCUGGAAAAAAAUUUUUCCCCAGGAAAUCCCCCCCCGAGAAUCUGCCAUGGAAAAUCGUGGUCCUGUAAAAUCUGCCCCCAACCAAAGAUGCCUGGAUUUAUCCUUGAAAGAUGCCAUUAAUAAUAUGUUGUUCACUAAAGAUACCAUUAUAUCAUUUGUUUGGAUUAUAUUCUAGCUUUGUUUGGCUGUUGCUGAUCUUGCUGUUCAAAUGCCACAAUGGUCAAAUCCUGUUACAGAUCUUGUAGAAAGGUUGGUCUUAUUGCUUAAGUAUUACAGUAAUUUCACCAGAAAUAUUUAGCAUACUGUAUUUAAGCUUUGUACUUUACAUUCUCUGCAAACUCCUAAGUACUUUAUUAUACUUUUAGAUUCAGUAAAACUAUACAGAUGAUUCCUGCAUUGUUGGAAAUAUUACAAUACCUAACAGAAGAGGUAAUACAUGCACCACAGAUUUUCUUCAUGUCCAUGUACUCUGAUUUCUUUUGCAGUAACAUUUGACCAAUGGAUCAUUUGCAUUAUAGACUAAAUUUUUAUCUAGACAAAAAUUUCAUCACAGCUUGAAAGAGCAUCACAAAAUUAGUAAUAUUCCAAAGUUUCGUUGCGAAAUGUUGUAAAAUGCGGAUAAUAUAGCCAUGCGGAGUUUGCAAUUUUUCAGUCAUUUUGUAUUACAAAUGGGACAUUGACAGCCCAAUCGGGUGUUGGGGCAUCAAUUUCCUGUUUGUAAUCUAAAAUGACUGAAAAUUGCAAAUUUCGCAAGGCUAUAUUAUCCGCAUUUUACAACAUUUCGUAACGAAACUUUGGAAUAUUACUAAUUUUGUGAUGCUCUGUCAAGCUGUGAUGAAAUUAUUGUCUAGAUCAAAAUUUAGUCUAUAAUGCAAAUGAUCCAUUAGGCAAUAGGCAUGACUCUCACUGAUAUAUCCAACCCAACACAGCCAUCUAUUCAACAAUUGUUUUACUUCUGCAGGUGAAAAGUGAACAUCUGCGUGUUGGAGCGAACAGACGUGAAGAAGUUGCAAAUCAAUUAAGACAAUCCUCACUUGUCGUCAUUCAACUACUGGUGUGUUGUGUUGAAAUAUCUAGUGGACAAUCUAAACAAUGUGAAAAGCGACCUUUCAUAGUUCUGUAAAUUUACCAUCGAUACAUGCCAAUACAGUGAUAAAAGUUUACAUUUUGUGGUGUGUACACUUUCAGAUUUGGGGGGCAGUACCCAAAAAAUAGUAGCCUGCAAACAGGCUCUCAAGCUGAAUUGAGAGCCUGCAUCGAUGACUAAUGAAUUUGAAUAUCUGCCCCGUAACGUUCGUUUUUCCAAAUAUGGAAUGUCUAUCCUUGUAUGGUGUUGUUUACAACUUUCGUGCAAACUAAAUUUAGACUGUGUAAACUAAAUUUAGACCAUACAGUUUAUACUAUUUUUCGAAAUAUAAGAUAUUCAAGCAAAAGUUCAAAUGUUUUAAAUACUGUUUUCUCAAAACAGAACAUUUCGUGCUUUGAGAUAAGAUGGCCAAGACCAAUUUGAUCAGUUAAUGUGUUUUUUAUGCAUAGUGUUUCAGCAGUUGACAUAUAUAUAGCUCAGCGGAAACAUAUAAAUUAUAGCAUCUGACCAAUGAGAAUUUAGCGUCACGAUUUGAGACGCAGAUAUUCAAAUUCAUUAGUCAUCGAUGCAGGCUCUCAAUUCAGUUUGAGAGCCUGUUCGCAGGCUAAAAAAAUAGGGGAUAAACUGUGCAUGUAAAAGGCUUAUUGAGUUUUGUUUUUGCAGAAUGCGUGUGUGGAGCAAUGUCCUAACGAAGAACAGAUACGGAUAAAGGUCGGUGUUAUUAGACAGUUUAUUUCACCAGAAGUUUUAUUUAAUUUAUAGUUAUACCGGGUUCAUCAAUAAAAUUUCCACUUAUCUUUUUAAGAUAUUUUGCUGUCUUGGUGGUUGGUUGUUGCUGGGAGCCUACCCACCUGACGAAGUUAUGAAGAGUCGACUUUUACCUGUUUUAUUUGAAACUCUGGUGAGUUGCAAAUACAGAAGAGAAGGAAGUUGACGUUUUUUUAUGUUUGUGGUCUACAGCAGUCUUUUGUGGAGUUCUCAGUUUCCUUUAUCUUUCAACAUUUUUUUGACUUUCUGCUGUUUUGUUUAUGAUGCAGUUUAUUCAUCAAAAAGUGCUUUUCAUUUAGGUGAACGACAAAGCCAGUGAUAACUUGCAAGAGGCUGCUACUGACGUUCUUUGCUAUGCUAUCUUCUCCGUGGGUGUAUGUAUUGACGUUUCUACAAUGGUUAUGUUAACAGCAAUUUUAAAAUCAUUUAACCCAUUGGAGCACUAGCACUCUUGAGCAAAGUCAUCUGGCAUUAGACAGAGUAAAAUAGUAAAGUAGGCAACUUAAUGGGUUAAUAUUUAUUGUUUUAUAAAUCAAUUGACAGGAUUUGGGACCGCAGAGUCAGAUGGCGGCUGCUCUCUCGUCUGAAGUUUUAAAACUCGUGCCUAUGUACGAACAAGCAAAAAGUAAUAGCGAUCACGACAGGUAAGAGUGAAAAUUAUGAAAUACGAGAAUGUAUUCUACAAUGAACUGUCGUGGUUUGUGUCUGAACUCCUAAAAAGAGAUUGAAUACACUUCAGCAUUUUAAGAAAUCUGAGACAGUUUAUUGUAGAAUACUACCUACGCAAGACCACCACGUUUGAGAUAUCUUUUUCAGGUAGUUCAGACACAAACCACGACAGCUUAUUUAUAUUUCUGAUAUCUUGAUAGGUGUUUAAACUUUUGUCGUAUCUUUACUGAACUUGCUGAGUCCACACUAGACGCUGUAUUGUCUUCAAAAGGAUUGGUAUGUUGCUAAAAAAUAUUUUAUCCUUUUUUCGUUGGUAUGGGAGAGGAUUGUAAUGUUCGUCUUCUUUUGUAGAAUGCUUUAGAUUUAAAGAUUGUUGAAAUGAUGAUAAAGUGUCUUCAGCAUAGCGAGUAUGAGGUAUGCUGAUGUCAUUUUCAGUUUUUAAUACACAAUUCCCAUUAUGGACUGAUUUUAAAACUAGGCAAGGAGAUGCAAAUAAAUCACCACAGCUAGAAAGAGUAUACUAGAAUGAGUAAAAUUGCAAAGUUUGGUUGCGAAAUGUUGUAAAAUGCGGAAAAUAUAGCCUUGGAAAGUUCGCAAAUUUUGUAUACUUUUGUAUUGCGUGCGGAAAUUGCUACCACAUUUGGGCCGAAAAUGCAAACAAUUUCCGCACACAAUACAAAAGUAUAAAGAAUUUGCGAACUUUGCAAGGCUGUAUUUUCCGCAUUUUACAACAUUUCGCAACCAAACUUUGCAAUUUUACUAACUUUAGUAUGCUCUUUCUACAUGUAGCUGUGGUGAUUUAUUUGCAUAUCCUUGCCUAGUUUUAAAAUCAGUCUCUAAUAAUGGGAAUUGUCUAUUGGAACGCAAUGAAGAAGGCGUCCCGGACGUGUUAUUUUUGUCAAAUUUAGUUUGCAUUUAUUCUAGAUUGAAACUCUGAACAAUCCUUUUCUAUUAAGGUGGCUGAGGUGACGUUUAAUUUCUGGUACAGUUUGUCAGAGGCGAUCUAUAGGGAAGAUUUGAAACAGAGAAGAGAAGGUUUCUUACCUUACUACCAGGCAAUGUUUCAGCAACUUUGCCUCACAGGCAAGCUGGAUAACGAUACGGUAAGAUGAGGCGAUUUUGCUGCAACUCAGUUGUAACGCAAUGAUGUUUUGUGUUGUUACUCUGAGUGUGCAUCCACACCGUGCGAGCUGAAAAGUUUGCCUGAUCACGGUGGGUAUCGAACCCGCGACCUUCGGGUUACUAGUUCAAUGCUCUACCAACGUCGGCUCGUAGCUCAGUUGGUAGAGCAGUUCAACAGUAGUUCAACGUUCAAACAUCAAUAGCGCAGUCGAUAUUGCAUGUAAAUUAAAGUGUUAUACCUGUAUAUCAAAAUCUAAGUUAAUCCUGUGAAUGCAAUGAGGAAAAAAAUGUGGGUUUCCGGUUUCUUCUUAUAAAAACUUAGGUUGGGUAGGUCGGUUUUAACUUUUUUUUAACUUUUUUUUUUAGUUUUCCUAACAACCGGACGCCAUUUUGUUUAGUCAGUGCUUCCACAUCCAAAGAUAAAUUUCCCUAAAAUUGCCUCAAAUUUCAAUUUUCCACAAACUUUUUCCUCUAAGUGGAAACACUUACAAGCAUGAUCCAAUAAAAAAGUUCAGGGUCGGGAUUUCGACGUCCAAAAGCUAGGUAGGGUCGGGAAACCGGAAACCCACAUAUUUUUUUUUGGCCUGAUCUUUAUUAGCUUUUACGUUACAUGAAAUCAAACAGUGUGCAGUUUUUUCCAUACAAACAGUAUUUAAUUUAAAAAAAAAAGAAAUGGCAAUUUUUCCAAAAGCCGUAUAGGCUUAUCUAGGGAAAGCUUGCCUGACAUUAAUAAAUACAUAGUUUGUAGUGAAAUUAAUAAAUAUAUAGUGACCAGGCUUUUAGCCAGGGUGUCAAAACUGGCCGUCCAAAAAAUAGCGUGGGUGUACCUAUUUUCAUGAACAUGGUAAAAAACAUGGAGCUUGAAAUCAGUGGUGAUAUACUCAUAAUUCAGCGUCUUUUGUUGUAGAACAUACGGAUAAACAACGUACAGUUGAUAACUUUUUAGGUAUUAAAGAAAACAGUUUCUUAGGCCGUCUUUUAAAAUGUGGCCGUCUUAGUUUCAAAGUGGCCGUCCAUAGGACGGUUGGACGGCCGCCUGGCUAAAUGCCUGAUAGUGACAACGAAACGUAUAGGAAAAAGAAUAAAAUAAAUCUUGACACACACAUCGCCAUGCACCUGCAGAAUUAACAGCGUCUUCUAUCUUACAAGAUGAACAUUACCGCAAGGCAUGGCUGAAAAGUGUUCUUGAUUUUAACAAAAGCGUUUAGUAUUCACAAUAAAGUUUUGAACGAUUAGAAAAAGAUUAGCAUUUGUAUAUGCUGCGAAACGUCGAGAUGACCGUUCAAAAACGCAUUUUUCUUGUUGAAUUUAACCAUUUGGAACCAAAAAUCCAGGGUUUUUUUUUGGUCUUGCUGCGUCAACAUUUCUGCAAGACUUACUGAGACCUACCAUCAGGGCAGGAAAAAAUAAUUUUCUUCCUGGGAGCACAACCUGGAGACAAAAAUUCCCUGCAGACCAACGGCAACAGAGUAUUUUUGUGCUAAAUCUGCAUGUAUAUAAACAUACAGUGCUUUGGCUGACCAUAUAUAGUUUUAAAUUCAAGGUAUGUCGGCCAACCAUAUGUUGUUGCGCCGCCCAUAGUGGGGCAUGGGUGUUAAGGUUUCCUUCAAAUUUUCAAUAGCAAAUCUUCAUUCAAACGAAUUUCCUGCAGCUGUUUAACAUUUCCUGCGAGCAGUGCUCGCGUGCUCGCCUAUUUUUUCCACCCCUGCCUACCAUUGUAUGUUUUGUAGGUUGCAAUACCAAAGCCUGAUGAUGACUUCAAUGAAUUUCGAGAAAGAGUUGUUGAGUUAGUGAAAGACUGUGUUUUUAUGCUUGGCUCUGAUGCGCUCUUUUCACAAGUAAGUUAUAGGGUGUCCGUGGGUCUUGAAAAUCCUGGAAAGUCCUUGAAUUGGAAAAAAAAAAUCCAGGACUGGAAAGUCCUUGAAAAUCAGUAGAAGUCCUUGAAAGUCCUGGAAUUAAUUUCCUUAACCUCCAGCUGUGCCAACAUUAGUGAUUUUGAUAAAAAAUUACUGAAUGAAGUGAUUUAUUUGCUGGGCAAAUCCGUGCCAUUUUUCAAAGAUUUUUCCCAGUUCUAGGUCCUUGAAUUUACUGAAAAAGGGCCUUGAAAGUCCUGGAAGUUAUAUAUACCUUUGUUUUAUCACUUAAUGACAAGAUGGCGUUUGGAUAAAAAUUGUGUCUUUUUCAGUUAUGUCAGACAGUCAUUCAAGAACAUGGCAAAGUGAUGUGGCAAGAUGUUGAAGCCAAAUUAUUCAUUAUGGCUGCUGUUGCCACCAAUUUUAGAGCGUAAGUAACACGAGACAUUCUUAACUCGGCUCAGAAUGUCGCGGACUCACUGAAUUUCCCAAUUUCUUGGCCUUCGAGUUGGUCACGUGUGAACUGCUGGAUUUUGCAAUUCAGCACUGUUGAAAGCUAGCCAGCACUUGGUUAUAGUCGCACUAAAAAUCUCAUGUGUUUUAUUUUUUAGAUGUAAUCCAGAGAUUGUCACCACAUUAUUCAAUCUUGUGUUCAACAAACCCGAAAGCCCAGCACAUAUCGUUGUGAAAUACACUGCCAUUAAACUUAUCGGUGAACUUGCGCAAUGGAUUGACAAAAAUCCAAAAAUAUUAGGUAACACUAUGUUAUGUUUUUGAUGUUACUCUGAGUGUGCAUCCACACCAGGCAGGCUGAAUAGUUUGCCUGACCACGGUGGGAAUCGAAUCCGCGUCCUUUGGGAUACUAGUCCAAUGCUUUGCCAACUGAGCUACGUGGUCAAGCCGGUUCGAUAUACACUCAGAGUAACAUCAGAAACAUUAUAUUCACCUGAGUACAUAACAUCAGAGCACAGUUUAUUUUUCUUCAAGGCAGAAAAUUGUGCUUCAGGUGAGAAAAGUGCUUCCCAAUUUGACUCUAUCCAUACCAAACAAAAUCCAGUUUAGAACUGAUAGAGCUAUCCAGUAUAAAUAAAGUUAGUUUAGUUUAGAUUUCCUCCUGUAGUAACUCUGGAUCAAUAAGAGAUUAUCCUUACUGGACCUCUAGCAAAAACAGUUUAGAACUGAUAGACCUAUCCAGUAUAAAUAAAGUUAGUUUAUUUUAGGUUUCCUCCUCAAUAAGAGAUGAUCCUUACUGGACUUCUAGGAAGAACAGUUUAGAACUGAUAGAGCUAUCCAGUAUAAAUAAAGUUAGUUUAGUUUAGGUUUCCUCCUGUAGUAGCACUGGAUCAAUAAGAGAUGAUCCUUACUGGACCAAUUGAUUGAUUGAUUGAUUGAACUGAUAACCUAUCCAGUAUAAAUAAAGUUAAUUUAGUUUAGGUUUCCUCAUGUAGUAACACUGGAUCAAUAAGAGAUGAUCCUUACUCGACCUCUAGCCAGAACAGUUUAGAACUGAUAAACCUAUCCAGUAUAAAUCAAUUUAAUUUAGUUUAUAUAGAAAUACUACCCUGGAUUCCAGAGCCUUCGACAGUAAAUAAUAAAUUGAUAUGUCGCGAAGGCUCUGGUUCAACGGGGCGAUUCUUUGAUUAAACCGCGCCAAUCACAAAGCAGAAUUAGUGGUUUUAGUACAGAUUCUGUACUAAAACCACUAAUUCUGCUUUGUGAUUGGCGCGGUUUAAUCAAAGAAUCGGCCCGUUGAACCAGAGCCUUCGCGGCAUUUCAAUUUAUUAUUUACUGUCGAAGGCUCUGGAAUCCAGGGUAUAGAAAUACUUGAUAUUUCAGACCUUUGGCGACCUAUUUACAUUUUACUUCAUUCUUUAUUUAGACUUGGUUCUACAGAUAUUAUAUCAAGGAUUGCAGACUCAAGAUCUUUCCUGUGUCUCUGCGGAAUCAUUGCAGAAAGUGUGUACUUCAUGUCAGAAGAGGAUGGCGCAUCAUUUCACCAUUCUUCUGCAGAUUGUUCAAGCAAUCGAUUCACUGUCAAUAUCAACUGGUGCUGUCCUCGAGUUUUUCCAAGGUAUAUAUUAAAAAAAUUAUCGACACAAGCAAAAAAUUUAAAAAAAUAUUGGCGUACAAGUUAAAAAAGUACACCGCUCCCCCCGAUCACUUUUCUAAUGGUCAGCCCCUUAUUUGUCCUGUUGUCUGAGUCCUCAAUUGUUAUAACUGUAAAACUAAUAAAAAAGAACAACAAAAACACAACUGGCCUCAGGUCCGUAAUAACUUGUGCAUUUUUCCUUGUGUAGGUGUUGCGCGAGUUUUAUCAGAACUUCCUCGUCAACAAAUUGAAGAAGGGAUAAAGCAAAUAUGCCUUCAACAAGUCCAGUUACUGGCACAAUUAUUAAGAGGACAAAAUGGGAGCCAUUCUGAACCCAUUAUGUACUUAGAUAGAAUUGCCACGAUAUUUCGGUAAGUAAAUAUAAUAAUAAUACUUUUUGUUUGUGGAAACAUCACGUACAUUUAUUACUGCAAAGUGCAAAGCUUUCGAUGCGUAAGCCCGGAUCUUCAUCAGUGCUAAUAAUAUGAUUAAGCACUUACAUAUUUGAUUUACCCUACAUAUUAUUAGCACUGAUGAAGACCCGGGCUUAAGGAUCGGAAGCUUUGCAGUAAUAAAUUUACUUGGUGUUUCCACAAACAAAAAGUAGUAUAUGUUUUAUCGCCAUGCAAACCUACCACGAACUUAUUUCUAAGUAAAUAUUAAUUUAUCUAAUUAUGAUGUUUUUUGUUGUUUUGAAGCGUGUUAAAGAGUUCAUUAACAAGUACAUUUCUUUCUUUCAAGAUACACUGAAGUAAAAGCGAAUGAUGGGGAAAAGCAUCCUUGUUUUGAUAUUGUUCAAGAGGUAAAAAUUUUUUAUAAUUGUGUAAUAUACCGAGGAAGAGUUACAGUAUAGCCAGCAUCUCAGGUUUGAACUCCAGAAUUUGGAAUCCUUUGAAUUUGGAAUUCUUCAAGGCUCGCUAUGAGUUCUAUAGCCAUGCCUCAGUACCUUUUCUCGGCAGCAGCUUAACUUUGAAAGAGGUUUAUAAUGGACACAUUUUGAUAAAACCGUCCUGUGUCAUUUAUCAGGUGUGGCCUGUCGUGUCGAUGACAUUCAGGAAAUAUCAGACAGAUGUAAGAACGAUGGAGCGUUGUUGCAGGUAAAGUGUUAAUUAUAGAGACUUGCAGAUUGACGUUUAUGGCAAAUGACAAACUUCAAUUUUAAGGUCAACUGUUUGCUGUUCAAAGUUAGGGCAACUUGUGCAUCAAACUUAAAGCAUGAAUGAGCAACUUAGCUGUCGAAAACUUGAGGAGCUUUCCUUCAAAUGCGAUUUGAAGUUUACGGUUAGCGGUUAGCCCAAGCGAGUAUGGGUGCAUGAGAGUCGGUUGUAACGAGACCUUGGUUGGCUGUUCUUAAUGCUUUUCCAACACUAUCAUGUAUUCUAUUGAAGUUAAAACAUAGUUGGAACUCUCAUCAAACCUUUAUUUUGUUCAUCUAGAGCUUGAAAUGUCCCCUGUGACAAUGCGUGACUGGCACUGUCAUCAACUCUAAUUGCUCACUGACGCGUCACAGCAAACAUUGUUACCAUGGAUAAUAAAAUAAAUGGAUAGGAAACUAGCUGACGUGACCUCAUGUUUUCACUGGGCUGAUGGCGUGGUUGGAUGCCUCAACCUAGUUGAAAACCAAAUUCUCAAAAACGGCAUGUUUAGCAAUAAUACAGCUAAACAAUUUAGUGAAAGAGCAAAUAAAUAUAACCACGCCAUUCUACGAUGAAAACUCUAAGUAUUCCCAGUCAAUUUUAGCAAAUAUUUCAAGCACUAAACAGUGAAAAAUACAUCACAAAUUUCGUUAAAAUUUGUGACGCCAAUUUCGUGGCUACAAAUGUAAAAAAAAUACAAAACAAAGACGAAAAACAUUUACCUUGAAUACUUUGUCGUGGCUUAGGCAUGUUUUUAAGACAAUUAGACCAGUUUAUGCUUCAAUAUCACCCUUUUAAAGUGGAAAAUAUAGCAAAACAACAAAAAUGCCGAGAACUUUGGUAAUAUUCGCAAUACGCGUGACGUCGCGUUUUUCAACAAGGGUGAGUCGAUGACGUCAGGAAGUUUCCUAUCCAGUUAUUUUACAAUCCAUGUUGUUACUUAGCAUGUACAAAACAUUUUUUCUUUAGAUGUGUGAGAUUUAUUAUCCGCUGUCUGGGAACACAUUUCGUUCCGUUAUUGGGUCAGUUAGUGAGUGAGAUCAUUCAAGUGUACUCUACCACACAUCAUUCAUGUUUUCUUUAUCUUGGGAGUAUAUUGGUUGACGAAUUUGGAACGAGUAAAAACUGUGUAUCCGGUCUAAUAAAGAUGCUCGAGGUAUGUUGAUAGAUGGGGGUGGACAAAGGGGGGAGGGGGGGGGGGCGGACAAAUGUAAUAGCUAACUACGGUGAACUAAUAAAUUCUUUGGUUUGCAUUAAUAAAUAUACAUGGUGUUUCCGCAAAGCAAAGUUUCUACAGGGUUCAGCCCAUGGAACUCAAUACUCUGCUCUGGCAGUUUUAGACCACAUAACUAGUGAGAACUAAUUUGAGGACCUCUUGACCUGUGCUUAUAAAGUAUUAAUGUUAUUUUCUAUUCUAUUCUAUAGGCAUUCUGUCCUCCAACUUUUGCGUUCUUGUCAAGUCCUGAAGCUUUUGUUCAUCACCCUGAUACAGUUGACGAUCUGUUUAGACUUUGUACCAGGUGUGUAUUCCCUCGUGUAGUAACACUGGAUCAAUAAGAGAUGAUCCUUACUGGACCUCUAGGAAGAACAGUUUAGAACGGAUAGAGCUAUUCAGUAUGAAUAAAGUUGUUUAGUUUAGUUUUUCUCCUGUAAUAACACUGGAUCAAUAAGGGUACCAGUAUAAGUUAGAGUUAUAAACCGAGAAGGAGGUUUAUAACUGAUAUAUUGCCCCCGAGGACGCGUAGCGUCCGAGGGCAAUAUAUCAGUUAUAAACCGACUUUCGAGGUUUAUAUCUAACUUAUAUCUCAUUUGUGGAGGUUUUCUAACAUAUUUUGUCAUUUUCAAAAAUUUUUGAUGAAAAAUUCUCGCGUUUUGUCGAAAAGUUUGAUGUAAUUAUUUAUUCAAGGUAUAUUAGCUAGUUAUAAACCUCGGACGAUCAAAGAAAACCGACACAAAUGAGAUAUAAAUAAAGUUAGUUUAGGGUCGAAUGUAUAGAAUGGUCAGCUAUGAUUUAUUAUCUCAUAUCAUUUAUUUCUUUGUCUAGAUGUGUUCAAACCUGUCCAAUAGAGUUUCUGAAAUGUUCAGCCGCAGACAAUCUGAUCAAAUAUGCAGUAGCGGCCUCAACGUUGUCACACAGAGAAGCGAAUGCUUCAGUCAUGACGUUCCUACGCGAUCUUAUACAUGGACCAAGUGAGCUGGAUCCGAGUUUAGACUGCGUCACGUUAAGAAACUUGAUUGGACAAGUGUUGACGAAGCAUGGGCAAGAAAUUACUAUGGGUAAUCCUGGUUUAAAAAAAUCUGCCUUUAUUAAAAUAUCAUUUUAGUCAAUUAACUCUGGUUGGUUAAAGACUCUGCCGGUUAAACAUUAAUCGAUACAGGUGUGGCCAUAGCAACCCACUUGACGCCACUUUUCUCACCAUUUUUGCAGGUUUGGUUCAGGCUUGCGCUGGAAAAAUUCCUUCGUAUAUGGUGCCCAGUGUGGGCGAAGUUUUUUGGGAGAUGUUAAGAUAUAAUAAAGAGGUUGGUCAUCUAAACUAACUUUAUUUAUGCUCGAUAGCUCUAUUAGUUCUAAGCUGUUCUCCCUAGAGAUCCAGUAAGGAUCAUCUCUUAUUCAUCCAGUGUUACUACAGGAGGAAACCUGAACUAUACUAACUUUAUUAAUACUGGAUAGCUCUAUCGGUUCUAAGCUGUUCUCCCUAGAGGUCCAGUAAGGAUCAUCUCUUAUUGAUCCAGUGUUACUACAGGAGGAAACCUAAACUAAACUAACUUUAUUUAUACUGAAUAUCUCUAUCAGUUCUAAACUGUUCUUCCUAGAGAUCCAGUAAGGAUCAUCUCUUCUUGAUCCAGUGUUACUACAGGAGGAAACCUAAACUAAACUAUCUUUAUUUAUACUGCAUAGUUCUAUCAGUUCUAAACUGUUCUCCCUAGCUAGAGGUCCAGUAAGGAUGAUCUCUGAUUGAUCCAGUGUUACUACUGCAGGAGGAAACCUAAACUAAACUAACUUUAUUUAUACUGGAUAGCUCUAUCAGUUCUAAACUGUUCUUCCUAGAGGUCCAGUAAGGAUCAUCUGUUCUUGAUCCAGUGUUACUACAGGAAGAAACCUAAACUAAACUGACUUUAUUUAUACUGUAUAGCUCUAUCAGUUCUAAACUGUUCUCCCUAGAGGUCCAGUAAGGAUCAUCUGUUCUUGAUCCAGUGUUACUACAGGAAGAAACCUAAACUAAACUGACUUCAUUUAUAUUGGAUAGCUCUAUCAGUUCUAAACUGUUCUCCCUAGAGGUCCAGUUAGGAUCAUCUCUGAUUGAUCCAGUGUUACUACAGGAGGAAACCUAAACUAAACUAACUUUAUUUAUACUGAAUAUCUCUAUCAGUUCUAAACUGUUCUUCCUAGAGGUCCAGUUAGGAUCAUCUGUUCUUGAUCCAGUGUUACUACAGGAAGAAACUGGAGUAUUCGAUGAAUGUAGCGUUUGUAUAGAGUCAAACUGGAAGCCGUCUUCUCACAUGUGACUGAGGUGAUAUCAUAAUCAUGCAGACAACUGCAUAUUGCAGGAAUCAAAUCUCAGUCACAGAGAUGAAAAGCACAUGCAGUAACCACCGAACUAGCAACCAAACUAUAUGGUAGGUUGAUGUUAAUUGUGUUCUUCAUUCCUCUUCAGCAAGCCAGUAACUGGUUGGUGAAAGCUUUAGAGAUGCUACCAACACAGACUGUGAGUGGAACGGCCAUAGUUACCAAACAACAGAUUAUGGAAUUUCAUCAUGGUGUUACAAGGUUAGUGAUGAUGGUUGUGAUGAUGGUGUUGGUGAUGAUGGUGGUGGUGGUGAUGAUCAUGAUGGUGGUGAUAAUGAUGAUGAUGGUGGUGAUAAUGAUGAUGAUGGUGGUGAUAAUGAUGAUGUUGAUAAUGAUGAUAAUGGUGAUGAUGAUGAUUAUGGUGGUGAUGAUGAUGGUGAUAAUGGUGGUGAUGGUGGUGAUGGUGGUGAUGAUGGUGAUGAUGGUGAUGAUGGUGAUGGUGGUGAUGAUGGUGAUGAUGGUGAUGAUGGUGAUGAUGGUGAUGAUGGUGAUGGUGGUGAUGAUGAUGGUGGUGAUGGUGAUGGUGGUGAUGGUGAUGAUGAUGGUGGUGAUGGUGGUGAUGGUGAUGAUGAUGGUGAUGAUGGUUUUGUGGUGCUGGUAAUGGUGGUGGUAAUUGGUGAUGAUGGUGUGAUAGUGAUGGUAAAUAUAAAUAAACAUGACUCAUUCUGUCCAUUUUUGUUUCAGUGCGGAUGCUGGCAAAAUCGUCUGCAGGGCAGCGCGGGCGUUUUCGAGACUAUACGAAUAAACUAGACUGCGAGGUGAACUGUGCGUGGAAUGGAUAAAAUCCUCGCGUGGAUCGCGCAUGUGAACACGAGAUGAUCUCGAAGUUGAAUCCCGAGGCAACCAAGUAAGAGAAACAUAAUAUAAAUGAAAAUAUUUUUAUGCCUGUGGCAGAGGCAGCGACUGGCUACACAGACAAUGCUGGCAAAUUGAAGUGUAUAUAAGCAUCCAGGACUGAAGGAUUUUAGAUAUUUUACAAUUUUAGAUGAUUAGAGCAUGUAUUGUGUUUUUGUGGAAUAAACAGAAAAAACAAGAAAUACUCUUAGUAAAAUACAAAACAUGAGUGAAA